AAAACAUCUGGAAAAUUUGUAUUUGUUAUGGAAAUGAUUAUUCAUAGAACUUGCACUGUGAAAUAUUAGAUACAAUUUGGAGCUUUGUUCUAUAAUUGGUCUGUAAAAAGAAGCAGAAGAAGUACGGCGAGUAUGUUGGAAAUAUUUAAAUAAAGAUGACGCAGAAUAAAUGUCGACAUUCAAACAUCUUACCCAUUGGGACGUGCUGUUUUUGCAACUCUUCCGCUCCAGAAAAGUUGUUGGAUAUUUGUUUUAAUUAUAUAAAUAGGAAUUUGAUGUCAAUAUGUGAGUACUUCGGUUACUCUGGCUAUCUGAAGCUGAAGAACGGCAUAUCUCUACCAGUGGAAAUGUGUGAAAGACUUUUAAAUAUUCGCUCCAACAGUUUAUGUAGCAUAGAUUCUAACUUUAUAAAUAUUUUUAAAGACACCAAAAACACAAGACUAAAAAGAGUGCGCUUACGGAAAAGCAAGAUUAUGGAUCAUGACCUGGAGGUGUUACUAGCACAUCAGCUGAUAGAAUUAGAAAUUUCACAUAGUAGGGACUUGACUCAUAAUUGUAUACAACACAUACACAAAUAUGGUUCAAGUUUAUAUUCAUUAACUAUUGGAGAAGGCACAGAUAUUUUUCCAGCCUUAAUAUAUGGAGAUCUGGGUCAAUGGAAUCAGAAUUAUAUAUUUCUUGCCCCAAAUUUAAGAAGAUUUAGUUUGCAAAGCUGUCAAGAUUUGCCGGCGUCAUUUUAUGCAUUGCUUUUAAAUCCCAUGACAAACUUGACUCACUUAGAUUUAAGCAAUUGCACCGACUUGGGAACAUUAAAUUACACUGAACAUUUAGUUAAUCUUCGCAGUUUGGUAUUAUACAAUGUUUCUUCAAUUGCAAUUUUGGUACCUUCCAUUUGCAAAUUAAAAAAUUUAACCCACUUAGAUCUUUCUCAAAGUAGAGAAGAGCAUAGGAAGUUUCCAAACUCAACGGUGAUUUUAACAGCUUUAGUUGAGAGUCUACCACAUUUAACUUCUUUGGAUAUUUCCGGAACAAAUUUGGCUGGGACUGGAGUGGCAGAAACAGACAGUGCUAGAGGCUCAGAUAUACCAGGUCUCAUAUCAAGAGUGAAUAAUCCAUUUCAUUUCUUAGGAUUAUAUGAAACUUCCCAUGACGCAUCCUUAAGACAUGACAUUCCUGCUAAAUUAAUUGCAGGUAAUGCAAAUGAAGAACAGAUUCUUAUAGCAGCUCUAGCCUAUUUGGAUAGAACAGAAAUGCUUCAAAAGGUGCUAAAUGAAUUAUUUCAUUUUUUUCGCUUCGAUACAUGUCGAUAUAUAGGACAGGCAUUGAAUGUUGUUUUAGAAUCAAUGAAUCGACACCUUCAUGAAAGACAUAUACAAAUUUCUGGAAGUGCCACAUUAUUCUACAUUGUCAAAGGCACCGAUAGAGAACUCCAUGAUGCUGUUCAUGUUAAGCGAAGAAUUAUUACCACUUUACUGAAUGGCAUGAGCAUUCACCGGAAUGACGAAACAAUGAUGAGAAACGGUUGCCUUACCCUUUGUCAGUUCAAAAUACCCAUAGAUGUUUUGUUUGAAUAUGAGAGGUUGGUGGAUGUUUUACUUUACUCUGUGCAUGGAAUGACUGCAGAAAGCUUCGUUCAAAGGAUAGGAAUAUAUUUGUUAAACUCUUUGGCAUGUCAAGUGGAUGGUCACCAAAAAGUUCGACUAGGAGAACUUGGUGCCGUUAAUAAAAUGAUAUGGCUGAUAUCUGAAAGACUUGAAAGAAGAUAUUGCGAUGAUGUGUUGGAAGUUGCCUGGUCUACAAUGUGGAAUGUCACUGACGAAACUCCUUCCAAUUGUCGAAAGUUUCUCGAAAGUAAUGGUAUGGAGUAUUUCCUUUCGUGCUUGGAAAGGUUUCCGGAUAGAGAGGAGUUACUACGGAACAUGAUGGGUCUCCUGGGAAAUGUGGCCGAAGUAAGAGAACUACGGCAUUAUUUGAUAACGACAGAAUACCUCUCAGUUUUCUCCGAUCUGCUCGAUUCACGAUGCGACGGAAUCGAAGUAAGCUAUAAUGCUGCUGGGGUUAUAGCUCAUAUUGCAUCAGACGGUCCUGAAGUGUGGACAGUGCAAGAGCCGUCAAGAAAAGAAGUGUUACGGAAGUUGGUUUUGGCCAUUGAUAGAUGGGAUUUAAAUUCGCAAAGAAACAUCAACUACAGGUCAUUUGAACCAAUUCUAUACCUGGUAAAGGUUUACCACACCCCGGAAUGCCAACAUUGGGCAGUAUGGGCGUUAGCUAAUUUAACAAAAGUUUAUCCCGACAAAUACUGUCAUUUGGUAGAGAAAGAGGGAGGUCCUGCGCUAUUACACGAUUUAAUCCGAGACCCCAUACCGCCCAUGCCGGUCAAGCAUUUGGCGGCGAUCGUCAUCGAGAAUUGUGCGAAAUACAAAGACCAAGAUUGGCAACAAGAGCUUGAUGGUUAGAGCGGAGAAGGUGCAAAACAAUCCGUACUAGUUAUUUUGCAAUCUAUUUUUUUUGAAAAGUAAAAAGGAAUAAAUACUCAUCAAGGCAAAUAAAUUUUGUGAUUAAACACAAAGUAAAUUAAUAGGCGAAAUAAAUUUUUGCGGGCAAUUUUUGUUAUAAAAUAAUAACUUUAUUUAUUUAGUUGUUGUUAUGUAUUAAACGCCUGCAAAUUGAGUGACACAUGUGGAAACAGGGAAUAAUGAAAUAUUUGGAAGAAAUAAUAUAGUAGGCAUUUUGAGGACUGUUCAUAAUUUUUGUGAAUUAUUAUUUAAAAAUGUUUUCUGGGAUUUUUACUAAACUUUGUUCGCAACUUAUGUUCAUGCAAAUACAUU